AAGUAGCAACAAGUUGCAUCAACCUCGUGACAGUCCGGCAUCGUCACAGUCCACAACAAUCCAAGUUAGCACGGUAGGUUGGAGUGCAUUCGCUCCUCGAUCAGCUGCUAUUCUGACAUAAGAAAUAGAAUAUAGACAUCGUUGAACAACUUCCUAUCAGCAGUUUCCAACAAAUAAAAAUGCAAAAGGUUUGUGGUAAUCUCCUCAAAAUGGGCUUUAUUGGCGGUGGAAAAACGGCACAAGCAAUGGCGAAGGGAUUCAUAUCGGCAGGUUUGGUGAAGGGGGAAAACAUCGCCGCUAGUUUCAGCCCGCAAGACGACGUUAAUUUGCAAGCGUUCAAAGAGAUGGGUGCCGGGACGUUUCUCGACAGCGUGCCGGUGGUGAAGCGUUCGGAGGUUGUGUUCAUUACUGUUAAGCCAUGGGUGGUUCCCACGGUAUUGAAGCAAGUGUUAAGCUCCAGCAAGGACAAACUGUUCAUAUCCGUGGCAAUGGGAGUCAAGCUGAAAGAGUUGGAAGAAUCAUUACUUCCAACAGCACGCGUAAUUAGGGUGAUGCCAAACACGGCGACGCUGGUACGAGCUGGGGCUUCUGUGUUUGUGCGUGGCAAAGCCGCCACCGAUGAUGAUUGCUCGCUAACGCAAGUGCUUCUGGAGUCGGUUGGCACUUGCGAUGAGGUAACGGAACAACUGAUAGACCCUAUCACUGCCUUGUCCGGAAGCGGUCCGGGCUAUGUAUUCACCAUGAUUGAGGCGAUGGCCGACGGAGCGGUGAAGAUGGGACUGUCACGAGAUUUGGCUUACAAACUGGCUGCACAAACGGUUAUGGGAUCCGGUAAAAUGGUACUGGAGACCGGGGCGCAUCCAGGACAACUCAAAGACGAUGUUGCCAGUCCAGCAGGGUCAACCAUCACGGGGCUAUUAUUCUUGGAGAAAAAUGCUUUCCGUUACAUCGUUAGUGGUGCUAUAGAAGCUGCUACUCUUAGAUGUCGGGAGGUUUCAGGAAAGGAAUGAAGAUACGAAAAUGGUAUAUAAUAAGAAUAAUGGUUAGAUCCAUCCAUGAUGAGUACAACGAUACUAUCAUUAAUGUUUUAAUAAAAGAUGAAAAAAGUAAUCAAGCACAAAAUGUUAAGUCUUCCUCAAUGUCAUUGCAUUGCAAAAUAAAUUAUUAUGUAUGAGAAUU